UAAGAUAAUAAUAAUGUGAUGGUCUGGAAGACGUCUGGAAACGAAUUGCCGAUGGGUGAUGAUCGACGGGGGAGUGGAGACGGCCCAGUGCUGCCAAACAUGCGGUAUCGAAGGGACAAUGAUGCAGAAUCCAAUUCCGAUGAUGAUUAUGUGCCAUAUGUGCCCGUCAGAGAACGGAAAAAACAAGAGUUACUCAAAUUGGGUAGACUAUCAAAGCUUAAAGAAGAGUCUGGAAAAGUUAAAACAUCUAGUGAAGAAUUAGAUGAUGAUGAAAGUGAAGGACAAGUAUGGGGUAGAAAAUCAAAUAUUAGUCUUUUGGAUCAACACACAGAACUUAAGAAACUUGCUGAAGCGAAAAAAGAAAGUGAAAUGGAAAAACAAUUAAAAGAAGAAGAAAAAAUUUUGGAAAGUGUUGCUGAAAAAAAAGCCUUGAUGGGUGUUGCAGAGUUGGCUAAAGGCAUUCAAUAUGAUGAUCCAAUUAAAACAAGUUGGACACCUCCUCGGUAUAUUUUAGCUAUGCCUGAAGAACGCCACGAAAAUGUACGCCUAAAAUUACGUAUACUGGUUGAAGGUGAAGAAAUUCCUCCUCCUCUUAAAUCAUUUAGAGAAAUGAAAUUAAACAAGGGUAUUAUGGCUGGACUUUCACAAAAAGGCAUAAAAAAACCAACACCAAUUCAAGUCCAAGGAAUUCCCACUGUAUUAUCUGGAAGAGAUAUGAUUGGUAUAGCCUUUACCGGUAGUGGUAAAACAUUAGUUUUUGUAUUGCCACUUUUGAUGUUUUGUCUAGAACAAGAAAUAAAAUUACCAUUCAAGCCUAAUGAAGGACCUUAUGGAUUAAUAAUUUGUCCAUCUAGAGAAUUAGCAAAACAAACAUUUGAUAUUAUUAAUCACUAUAUGACAUUUCUGGAGCGAUCCAACUACCCAACACUUAGAUCAUGUUUAGCUAUAGGAGGCAUACCCGUUUUUGAAUCCCUUGAUGUUAUUAAAAGAGGUGUCCACAUAAUGGUAGCAACUCCUGGACGACUAAUGGAUAUGUUAGAUAAGAAAAUGAUAAAUUUGGAAGUUUGUCGCUAUCUCUGUAUGGAUGAAGCUGAUAGAAUGAUUGACAUGGGUUUUGAAGAAGAUGUGAGAACAAUAUUUUCAUUUUUUCAAGGUCAGCGACAAACAUUGUUGUUUUCAGCCACUAUGCCAAAAAAAAUUCAAAAUUUUGCUCGAUCAGCCCUAGUUAAACCAAUUACCAUCAAUGUUGGUAGAGCAGGUGCAGCAUCUAUGAAUGUCAUACAAGAAGUAGAGUAUGUUAAACAAGAAGCAAAAGUUGUUUAUUUGCUAGAAUGUUUAAAAAAAACUACCCCGCCAGUUUUAAUUUUUGCUGAAAAGAAACAAGAUGUUGAUGCUAUACACGAAUAUUUAUUGCUUAAAGGAGUUGAAGCUGUGGCUAUACACGGAGGAAAAGAUCAAGAGGAACGUUCAAAGUCUGUCGAUGCGUUUAGGAAAGGCCAAAAAGAUGUACUUGUUGCUACUGAUGUAGCUUCAAAAGGAUUAGAUUUUGAAGAAAUACAGCAUGUUAUCAACUAUGAUAUGCCUGAUGAUGUAGAAAAUUAUGUUCACAGAAUUGGUAGAACUGGUCGUUCAGGUAAAACUGGUAUAGCUACAACAUUUAUCAACAAAGCAAAUGAUGAAUCUGUGCUAUUAGAUUUGAAGCAUUUGUUAAUAGAAGCUCGUCAAAAUGUUCCAUUAUUUUUGUCUGAGUUGGAAUCAGAAAAUGAGAAAUACUUGCAACUUGGAGAUGAAAGAGGUUGCAGUUAUUGUGGUGGUUUAGGCCACAGAAUUACAGAUUGUCCUAAAUUGGAAGCAAUACAAACUAAACAAGCAUCUAAUAUAGGCCGUAGGGAUUAUUUGGCAACUAGUGCAGCAGAUUAUUAGUCUUACAAUUACAUUAAUAUGAUAUGUAUUAUACUGACAUUUUUACAAGAUUGGUUUACUCAAUAAAAAUGUAUUAAAAUAAAAAUCUUUUACAUUAUUAAACAUUUUUUAAUGUGCAUGACUGAAUCGAUCUUUUAUAAACAAAAU